GGGUCUGAGUCCAUCAUUGAGCUCAUUGUGUGUUGGUGAACAAGAAAGCACUGAUAAUAGGAUUGAGCGACCCCUCGAUGUGCGGUCGGCAACUUGGACGGAGAGUGAGAACAAGCUUGGUUCAGCAAUCCGCAACUGCGACUGUUUCGGAAGGUGGUUCUAUUGACAGUUUUCUCGGGUGUUGGUCUAGGUCCGACGGCUCUGAGCUGACGCGCGGAUUCGGCAUCGUGCUUCUAGACCAGUAUCUUUGACAUUUCACUUUGCUCUGCUCUGACUAGCAAGAAUCUGGCCCCGUACCAUACAUCGACAUGGCUACAGUCAAACUUGCUACCCUUGUUAUUCGAACACUUGCCAAGCCCAUCUCUUCACAACUAAAGAACCAGGCAAAGCAGCACGAAACCUUCCGUUCGAUAUGUAUCUCCCUUGCUCAGAGGAUGCAUAUGACCGAAGUUAAGCUGAGGACGAAUAUCCUCGGUGAACCGGCCAGGCAACAUGUCAAGCCAUUAUCAGAAACGAGAGCAGUCGAAAACGGUGCCAACACAUUAGCAGAAGGUUUCCUGUUUUCAGUCGCCGCACUAUUAAUAAUAGGCGAGACAUGGCGAUCGUCUCGAAGUCAGUCUAAACAGCGAGGUGACGUUAACGAACGGAUUGAGGAGCUCUCUUCGAACGUUGCAUCACUCACAGAGCGCCUGGAGAGAAUCCAGGAAAGCUUGGGGGAUGUCGAAUCAGAACGUGCGCGGAAUAAUGAGCUGGCGAGGAUUGUUGAGCGGGUGGUGGAGAUCGGCCUUCGAGGCGGAUGGGCAGAGUUUGAAGAUACGCCAUUGAAGAUUCCCAGGGUGGAGCUUGCACCGACCUCGUCGAGGGUACCACCCUGACAUAGACCGUCGGGAUGUCUCUCCGCAUAGUCCUCGCCAUAUCCCUUUACCUAUCUACACCCGAACAAUUAAUAUUAUGCAGCUCCUCUCAAAACCAUUUGACACAGGAAAGGACUUGCUGCAGUGUAUGACGGUAUUCAUUUCAACACUGAAAAGUGGAAUUAUCCUUGGAUCACGCGAGCCUUUAGAGAAGAGCGAUCACACAUAAUUUUAUCCCCAAAACUGCGACCUUUGUCC